GUGACAUUAACUAUCACUUGUGUUGUGAUAUUACGCAAAAAUUUUAGGUUAUAUUGUAUAAACACCAAAAUAAAUUAAAACCAUGAAAUUAUCUCAAAUUCUUUACCGGCAACAUAUAGGUUUUAUGUUUAAAAAGCAUUGGAUAAUUCAAGGUAAAAGAGUACCAUUUGAUACUGGAGUUGAGAACGCAUUAAAAGCAAGAGGCAUUCCUGUUGAAGAUGCUCUUGAAUUUGUGAAAGAAAAGCCUGAAAAUAGAGAAAGAGUUAACAUUGUGGGCCCUUUUGAACAACCUGCUCCAUUGGAUGAAAAUCAUCCAGAUUACAAAGAUAGGCCUUGCUACACACUCAAGCACAAUAAUCUCCUCCUUGAAGGCCUUUCUCAAGCACAAGUCCUCACCAAGACUAUUGUUGCUGAGAACAGACUUCCGCAACGAAUCGAGGAACUGGCUGAAGUGUCUGCACCCAAAGCUGUCCAUGAGAAUGUCAAAAAAGCCAUACUAUCGGCCAAUGUGUUUGACUGUGAACAGAAAAAGCUACCUAAAAUAAGAGACCCAGAAAGGCCAGCAUAUACCUUUCCAAGGAUAUUGGGAAUAACUGAUAAAAGACGCAACCAAAUUUUGACCAAUAGGUUGGUACAAAUUGUAGAGAGGUGCAGUGACACAGACUCCACACUGUCUAGAUUUGUGCUGAAUGACAUUGAGAGCCACACUGUGUUCGAUAAAGAAGAUGAUUUGAUUCAAUUCCAAGAUAAGUCCAACAUUUUGGUAACCAGCAACAAACCAAUCAGUCAUGACAUAGAAAGUGACAUACCAUUUGUAGAGAUUCCUGAUUUACAUCCCAUCAAAUACACCAUCACACUGCCAGAGGAACAUUUUUAUGAAGAAGUCAGUAAAUAUCCAAUCCAGCCCACUGUAAACAUUAAACACCCACACACCACAUGGCUCCAUUUCAACAGUACCAAGGUGGGAAAUCUCUAUGAAACGCCAGCCACUGCUGCACAAAUCCAUGGCAGAUCUCUCACGCACGCGUUUACUGUUGCCUCAGCUUACGCCAAGCAGAUUUAUGGGGAAGAUGUUAAAGAUCUGCCCAAGCCCGUUUACAUAAAUUGUAUACAGACUGAUGGUCAACAAUACCACUUUGGUGUAUUAGAGUUGAAAACGCUGAAUGUUAAUGGAACUGAAGGUACCAAGAACAUAUGGUAUUGCAAAAACGACAUGAAAAUGUAUGACUCAAGUAGAUACUUCAGUGGUAUGCCUGUUUUAGAAAACUAUAACCCAAAAGUGUAUGAAUAUAUCAAUGCAUUUUACAAUUUUUAAGGUUCAUUAUGUAUAGAUUAGUUAAUAUAUAUUGUAUUUUGUAA